GCCACCACCAUGAACGUUCCUCGUCCCCCACUUGCCGGCCUUCAGACGCCUGGAUUUGCCCACUACGCUGUCGCAUGGUCGCCAUUUCACACCAAUCGCAUUGCGCUCGCCUCAGCAGCUAAUUUCGGCCUGGUUGGAAACGGCCGUCUUCAUUUCGUCACAACAGGACCGGGGGCUGGGCCACAGCAAGGGCUUAAGAUCGAGAAACAGUUUGACACGCAAGAUGCGCUCUAUGAUGUUGCUUGGUCGGAGUUGCAUGAGAAUCAGCUGGCAACGGGCUCCGGCGAUGGUUCGGUCAAGUUGUGGGAUGUCAUGCUGAACGAUUAUCCGAUCCGAGCCUGGCACGAACAUACGCGUGAGGUUUUCUCGGUGGAUUGGUCAAAUAUCAAGAAAGACACGUUCGCCUCGUCAUCAUGGGACGGGAGCGUGAAACUUUGGAUGCCCGACCGACCGCGGUCCGUCAUGACUCUACAAGCGCAUCCUUCCUGCGUGUACCAGGCGCUCUUCUCACCACACCAGCCCGAUAUAAUUGCUACAUGCUCGACAGACGGCACUAUGAAGAUAUUCGACCUCCGAGCACCAGCCUAUGCGACCGGCCCCGCAGCAAACGCGUUCACCGCUCCUCUUACCGCCGCCGCCCUGACUGUUCCCGCCUCAGGAACAGAGAUCCUUAGUAUCGACUGGAACAAAUACCGACCGUUUGUGCUCGCCAGCACAGGUGUUGACAAGAUGGUCAAGGUCUGGGAUUGUCGAAUGGCGCAGCAGUCGGUGCCGAAUGCUCAGGCUGUCGGGGGUACGUGUGAGGUUCAGCUGCCGGGCCACGAGUAUGCGGUGCGCAAGGUUCAGUGGAAUCCACAUCGCGCGGAGGUGCUUGCGUCUGCGAGCUACGACAUGACAUGUAGAGUCUGGAACAUGGCUCCCGGGGUGCCCUCACACCUCAUGCAUAUUCACGAUGCUCACACUGAGUUUGUUGUUGGAUGUAGCUGGUCUCUAUAUGAAGAGGGUGUGAUCGCCAGCUGUGGAUGGGACGGUAGACUGAACCUCUUCCGUGUCUGACACUGUUGUCGGUGAUGCGGUCCGGUGAAUAGGGGCGUUUGCCUUAAUCGUGUAAUCUAUCCAUUGCAUCUUACCUUUGCUCUACAACGUUGACGACUUGUCGAUACUAUGUCAUCCG